GAUUAAGGAAUCAAAAUGAGUAAAAAGUCCAAUGAAAAAGCUCAUAAAGGUGGGAGUGAGAACGACGCCGUUGAAGGGUAUAAAUCACGUAUUCACGAAUUGGGUGACCAUGUUCAAUUCACUUCAAUUGAGAAACAGCGAAGUCCAACAAUGGCGAACAAAGCUUCUUCUUCUUCUUCCUUGCUCUCUGCUCCUAUACCAGAAAAUGAAGAAUUCAACGAGGAGUUGUUUUUCGGGUCCGAAUCGGGUUGGGUCGAAGCCCGAACCACUUGCGACCACUUGGCUUCUUUGUCCUCUGAUCUCACCCACAUCCCCACCCCAGACACUCCCUGCAACAGGUGUCACCAUCCCAAGGAGAAUUGGUUAUGUCUAUCCUGCAAGGAUGUUCUUUGCAGCCGUUUUGUGAACAAGCAUAUGCUUGAUCACUAUCAGCAGAUAAAUCAUUGUCUGGCACUCAGCUACAGUGAUCUGUCAGUUUGGUGUUUCACCUGUGAUGCAUAUUUGGAUGCUCAAGUGAUUUUGGCACUGCGUCCUGUUUAUGAAACUGCUUACAUACUGAAAUUUGGUGAAGCCCCGCCAUUUAGGGCAAUUGAAUGUUUGCAGACGGAGGAUAAGAAAGCUGAGGUCUCAACUACAGGCAAUUAACUUAUGUAGUUUUCUUUAAUUUUUUUGAGGGAUGGAAUUUAUCAGUUGUGUAUGAAACCGCGUUAAAUUCCUUAGCUAAACCAUCCCUUCCCUUGUCGAAUUCAGUUUUUUGUAUGACCUCAGAUUGCUAAUUUAUUGAAGGAGAGAGGCUUUUUGAAGUUUUUGAUC